AUGCGUGACAUGGAACUGAUGUCCAGUUCAAGCCCGCUGCCCGCCGGCGCCAUGAAGGCGACCAGCGCCCUUGACGCGGCAUUGAACUUCCAAGACAUGAGCGAUGUUAUUAACGGCAACUGCAAACCAUACUCCAUCGUGUCUGUGGUGGGCGUUGUGACAGGCGUCUUAAUGCCCAGACAGACCAGGAAAGGUAUGAAAGUCCGUGUAUUCCAUGUGGCUGUUCGUCGAGCAGCCCGUGCAUGA